UGGCCGCACCAUAGUAACUAAUGUCCUGUGAAGUUGUGUGAAUGUGUGAUAACAUCGUGAUAAUCUGUGAAGUUACGUGUGUUGUGCCGAGGAUAACGCCGAUAUGUCAUCCGGAGAACGUGCUACCUUAGCAGGAUUAUUGUGAGAGGUCAGCUGGAAGAUUAGGGCAACGUUUCAGGACGCCAUGAGUCACCUAAGCCAGCACCCUCACCACCCCCAACACCACCACCACCACCAGAGCAGCCAACUCCUGCUGGAAGACGGCUCAUCGUCCAUCUUAGAUGUUUCCGGUUUGUUGCGCGACACCGAGAGCCGACCCGACCUCGAGGAAGACGAGGACGAUUCUUCGUCGCUGGUCGGAGGACACCAGCACGUGCUCAUGAAGAGGACCAGUAACGGAGCUCACUAUCUCAACGGGGCCACCACCAACGGUCACCAUGACAUGGAUUACGGAGAAGGAAGGCUACUAGGCGUCGACGGAGAUCGUGGAUGUGGUUCGAUUGGAAGCAACUCUAAAACAUCCGAAAUGCUAUCAGCAAAGAAUGUGGUAUUCACCCAAGAACAUGUGUCCUGCAUCUGUAAAACCCUGGAACAGUCCAAGAAUCUGGACAGGCUUGCGAGGUUCCUCUGGUCCUUACCGCCGGGAGAUUUACUUAGAAACAACGAAGACGUGCUACGAGCUCAAGCGGCUGUCGCCUUCCACAGGGGAAAUUACAAGGAGUUGUACGCCAUACUAGAGAGCCACAACUUCCACCCGCAGUACCACAACGAGCUGCAGAAAAUGUGGUACUGGGCACAUUACCGGGAAGCAGAAAAGGUGCGGGGAAGGAUGCUCGGAGCAGUCGACAAGUACCGGCUCCGGCGCAAGUUUCCUCUACCCAAAACGAUCUGGGACGGUGAAGACACCGUGUACUGCUUCAAGGAAAAGUCUCGGAUUGCGCUGAAAGAGUGCUACAAGAAGGAACGCUACCCAAACCCUGACCAAAAGAGAGCCCUGGCUGAGAAGACUGGCCUCACACUCACCCAAGUGAGCAACUGGUUCAAGAACAGACGACAGAGGGACCAUGCACCACAUCGAAGAGUGAACAACAGCAGCAGCAGCGAAUCCGUGCCCUGCACCCCACGGCCAAGUCCGCCGUCUACGUCCGGACACCAACUCCUCUCGUGCACUGGUGUAGCCACCCCACACCAGACUCCACUACCUGUACAGCGACUGUCUCCUGCCCUGCCAGGACAUCACCUCCAGGACGACCUGACUGCCCUAGCCUAUUUACAACAACAGAGGUCGCCCCUGGACGACUUCCCGUCCAUGUCCGUUAAAACUGAACCGGGACUGUACCCCUCUGGAAGUCUGCUGUACACCUCAUGCGCUGCAGCGUUUGAUCCGCAUCAUCAUCUGCAAGGCACGCAUUCCUCCUAGCUGUCUCAGAAUCGUGCUCGUUAUAGAUCAAAUAAUCAAAACCGGUCUGUAUACUACUACAGCUAGAAGGCAACCAAGCCUGUGUUGAAUGGGCAGAAGGUUUGACGAGCUUUUCUAUCUGUACCACGACAUCUUGGCUCUGGACAUGUCCUCUUGUGAGGCGUUCGAUAGCAAGGGAGGAGGGUUUUACUAAAAGGACUGUAAUCCUUUUUGAACGGUGUUGUGAGUUUGUGCUCCCGGAUUCCUACUUUUGUGUGCUUCGCAUGGCUCUGUCUCCCAUGAGAAUGACCUCUCGUGCUGUUGGUACAUGAACAUUUCAACGAAAUUGUAUCCUCAUUUGAGGGCUGCAAUUGAAUGGUACAACGCCCGUGCUUCUGCCGAAACAAACCGCCCAUCGUACCAACUGAUCGCGCCAAUGAAGAUUAAACAUGUCUACAGUUUUUUGUUUUGUUUUUUAAGCAGAAGUAUUCUAUGGUAUCCUUCGACUCAUCGUUAUGGGCAUCAUCGAUUCUUCAGCAUCCAUGUUCAGCGGAUAACUAUUAUGCUGGCUUCGCAAGGAGUGCGUCAGUGCUGUUCUGCAUCGCGUGUGUUAAACGUGGACAAUACUGGUGCUGUCAUAUUGCGUGUACGAGACGGACAACACACGCUGGUCGGCAUACAACGGGAAAUGUGUGCACGAACUGUGACAUUAAGCGCUAGCGGGCUGUGCAACAUUGUGACAGUUGAUUGUAAAGUUCACUCCUUGACACUUGGAACAGCUUGAACAAUAUGGAACACGUUGACGACGAACUGACCGCAUAGCAAACGAGACGUGCUUACUAGAUUAGCUUUUGCUGCCUGACACACUGAAAAUAGAACUUCGCCUCAUAAACGGUUCAGCAUGAUAUCGUCACAUCUUCUAAUCACAAGUUAAAACGGGGACGCCCUUUUAGGACAAUUUGCAUGCGACCUGAACCUAAGGGUUAAGGUCAAUUAGGAAAAGCACUGUCACCGUCGCGCUUUCAGCAGAAGCAUCAGAUCAAAAUGCACACGCUUUUUUUAAACCAAAAUAUAUAACAUGCUCUACAGCUUCUCGCGCUCGUGUACCACGUUGCAACCAAUCAGAGUGCAAAAAACAUGAUAUCAUUCCGCAUAGGGGUUUUCCUGAGUGUGAUAUGCGGAGAAGUUCUGUUUUCUUGGUGUGGACUAGCAAAGCCACUUUAUCUCUCUUUCGUCACGCGGACGUCGAAAUCAUACAGAGCUGCUGCGAAGCGAUAAGGCGCUUUUCCAGAUCUUGCGUCACGUUAACAUAAAGUAGCCGCUUCUAUAGAGGCGCCUAAUUUUUCAGAAAAGCUAGCUUCCUUCUUUGUCUCUCACUUCGCAAGGUUUCGGAGUUUUAAAUAUUGUGAUACCAAAAAACGGUACAAGCUGUACACCGUGACGCUUGGAUCGUAAGGCUUGGAUCGUAACGCUUAUCUAUCGAAGCAUUCCGCAACAGUUUUGCAAACGACACAACGAGAUCCUUUUUUAUUUUAUUGUUAUUUUUUUCCACGUGCCUUUUUCUUUCUUUUCUUUUUUCUUUAUCGCUUCGAGAUCAUGUUUGCUUUCCCCUAGCAUAGUCAAGUGAUACUAUAGAUAUUGAUCUACCAUAAAGAAGCGUUUAAAUUUCAGUUAUUGUGACUGCGAUAUGUCUAGUUAUCCCACAAAGACACAAAAAUAUCUAAAUACCAAGUACCAAGUAAUUACUUUUGUCCAUAACUAAGUUUCUAUUCAUCAAGAUCGUCCGCGCGAGAAUUGACUUCAUUAGAUAUAUCCACACACAAAAAAAAAGCAUGCAUUCCACGAACACGUACCUAUAAAUUCAUUCCAGAAACUGUUGAUACCAGGAGAUAAGCCCUUCAUUCCUUCAACGCGAACCGUUUCAUCGCUGCGAUGAUCCUUCCUAGUUUGUGACUGUACAAAAUAUACAUAUAAAUAUAUAGAGAUAUACGCAUAUAUAGUAUAUACUUUAUGGACGAAGAAGGCGGCGUCUUCCAUUUCGAAUAAAGCUGAGUUCUUUCCUGCUCUC